UCUAUGAGGUGGUAUUUGGCAAGAAAGUUCAAAAGUUCUAUGAGCUGGUAUUUGGCAAGAAAGUUCAAAAGUUCUAUGAGGUGGCAUUUGGCCAGACAGUUCAAAAGUUCUAUGAGGUGGCAUUUGGCAAGAAAGUUCAAAAGUUCUAUGAGGUGGCAUUUGGCAAGAAAGUUCAAAAGUUCUAUGAGGUGGUAUUUGACCAGAAAGUUCAAAAGUUCUAUGAGCUGGCAUUUGACCAGAAAGUUCAAAAGUUCUAUGAGCUGGCAUUUGACCAGAAAGUUCAAAAGUUCUAUGAGCUGGCAUUUGACCAGAAAGUUCAAAAGUUCUAUGAGGUGGCAUUUGGCAAGAAAGUUCAAAAGUUCUAUGAGCUGGCAUUUGGAAAGAAAAAUCAAAAGUUCUUUGAAGUGGCAUUGGCCAACUGUUGGCCACCCUAAUGAAAUGUGA